AUGAUAGCAAAAAACAAUGCAAACCCUAAUUGGGGUACCGAAAUUACUAAUGUAAAAUUCCCUUUACCGGACACCGCUACAUAUAAGCAAACCUUCUAUGAUGGAAUAAACACUAAAAAUGACCACGACAGUAGUGCUACUUCUACAAAUACAACUUACGAAAAUAGAAUAGAACUUAUUGAUAAUAACAGUCCAGUUAUAGAAACCGAACAACUCAAUAAUAACAGGUUGCAUCCAAUAGAGUCGACACCAUCGGUCAAAUUCAAGAUAGAUGAUAGACUUUCACUCGUCGACGUUCUGCCUAAAACUCAUUUGUCAGUCAGUAGGGAUGAAAACAUCUCUAACAAAACAAACAUUAAACGCACCGGAUCGAUGCCUUCCUUUUCCGCUACCAAAGUCAGCGGCACUAAGCCAGAUGCUUUAUCCGUAUCGAAUCAGUUCAGACAUAAAAGAAGACAUACUAUGGUAUCAAAUCUAACUGAGACGCCAAUACAGUAUUUAGAAAGAAUGCGUUAUACAUUGUCAAAACCGGAAUUGAUUACAUUGUUGGCGAAAAGCGAGGAUGUCUUUCAUGAAGCAGUACUGAGAACAUAUAUGGAUUUAUUUGAUUUUUGCGGGGAUCCGAUUGAUCUUGCAUUGAGGAAAUUUCUCAUGGAUUGUUGUCUUCCUAAGGAAACUCAACAAAUUGAUAGAAUGAUGGAAGCGUUUGCUAAGCAAUACCAUGAAUGUAAUCCGGCCCUGUUUCCUUCUCAAGAUACUGCAUACCUUCUUGCAUUUUCUCUGCUCAUGCUGCAUACGGAUGCAUUUAAUGAAAGCAUGUUCGCUUCACCGUCCGAUCUGAUACAGUCAAAAGCUAAGAGAGUAGAGAGAUCGAAAAACAAUCCUUAUUAUGUCAUUCAAAAUAAAGUGGCGACAGAGUUCACUCCUUGCAUCAAAGACACCGUCCCCAAAGAAAACCCAUUUUCAUAUAAAGGCACACUGCCGGACCUAGACAUUGAUUACCUUCGCAAAGGGUUUACAUCAGCUUGCACGAUUAGAAUAACGGGUAUUCCUGCUCGUCAAGAAACAUUCAAUCCUACUGCUUCUGUAAUACGCCCUCUUCAAGGUGAAGCCGGAACAUUCCUGCUGAACAUAACCAAAGCCGGGAGGCUGUUCAGAAAGAUCGACUUGGUUGAAGGUGGAAAGAGAGCAACUGGUUUCGGCAGAAGGUGGAAACAGUUUGGUAUUAUCUUAAGCGGAAGCCAACUAAUGUUUUUCAAAGACGUUGUCCGGUUUGAUUCUAAAAUGGCUGACUUUAGGGAUACCGAGAGAUCCGCUAAAUGUCCAGUUCUGAAACCAGACGUAAUAUUAAUGACAGCGGACUCCGUCGCGUUAUAUGAUAAUAGUUAUACCAAGCGCUCAAACGCCUUCCGUCUCGUAUGUUCCAAGGGCUAUCAAUAUCUUUUCCAGGCAGAAUCAGAACAAGAGAUGAAUGACUGGAUCACAAAGAUUAAUUACGCCGCAACUUUCAAGACGGCUGGCAUCAAAAUGAGACAUAUCCGCAGCAGCAGUCCGGAGAAAGGGAAGCAGAGAAAAUGGGAAAGGAAGAAUAAUAUACAGCCGUUCUUUGAUUAUCAAAAUGGAAGCCAUUUUGAACAUGGAACUUCUGAUACGAUGAGUGACACUUUUGGCAGAAGUGAGGUGUUGAAGUCCAAGAUGGAAGAUCUCAAAGGCAAGAUAAUUACACAUACAUCCCAACUUCAUCAAGAUAUUCGCUCUGUAAACAAUCUUGCAAUCAUGAUCCCUUACAAAGUUGCUACUCGUGAUUGUAUAACUCAAACGACUAUCACUAUUAGCAAUCGUAUCAAGGCAACUUUCCUAGAACUCAGCAAGCUUCUCUGUUACCAUGAAAUACUUGAAAAAGACCUCCGUGCUACUAUGAAAGAAGACGCUAACUGUUGGGUUAAAAGCAAGAAACUUGUCAGAAGAUCAACUCAAAAUAUAAAGUCGGGAUCUUUCCAGGGUACCAAGUCUGAGCUAUUCAAAUAUAAUACUAUCAGAGAUUCAUAUCCGCAUUCAGCAAGUUCAAAUAGUUUGCCAUUUCUGGACCUUCAAUCGUCUAAAAGUGCUGAAUCAGAUCACGCAAGUUCAUCCGACGAGACUACAUCCGGAAUGUAUAAUCACGUGCGCAACAGCUCGCCAACACUGCCUACAAAAUUCAAAGGUGAAACCUUGAGUUUUGCAGAAGUAACGUUUGAGGAAGUCCAUGAUAGAGAUAAAGAAGAAUCUAGCGGAGAGUGUGGCGAAGGAUCCAUCGAAGAAUUUCUCAGCGCCGAGGAAAGUUAA